AUGCCACAUACAACCGACAAGAAGGGGAAGAAGCAGUACGUUAACGUAGAGUGUUUGGAGUACACAGGCAGUAACGGGUCAGGCUGGGCAUUUGGAGGAGGAGUGCCCAUGGGAGGUGCUGGUCUGCAAAAUCAAGCCCGUCAACUUGGAGGAAAUGUGAGCUUUGCCCAGAGCCUAAGCGGGUCGCAACCGGCAACACCGCUUGACCUUUCCGAAUUUCCCUCCCUCUCCAACAACGCCCAGAUGAACACCAGCGGCCAGUCAAACAUGUGGUCAUCAACAGCAUCGCGGAACCUGGGUGGUGGGCCUGUGCCACGCAACCAGCAGUCAACACCACUCUCAGCACAGAGCGCGCAGGAUGAGUUGUUCACCCCUUCUUCGGCGCGCCAAGGUGCCUUCCGCUUCGGUAACCAGACCAGCGGGGUCCCAACUCCCCAGGCACAGUCCAACCCGGUAGAUGAUUUCCCGCCUCUGAACCGAAACGCGAACGGUGAGAUUGGUGGCGAACGUGGUGGCAACUUGAUGCCUUCCCUGGGCUUCGGUAACCAGGCGACCGGCUCCUCCGUAGCGAUACCUCCUCCUCGAAGUGCAGGCGCAGGUAACGGCCUGCUUAAUGCGCUCUCGGCGAAUAGUAGACCAGAUGGCCGCUCACCGUCGAUCGCCAGCGCGCAGGACCAAGCAAGAACGCAAGAUGUAUCCGUUGACAAGAGUGGUGCUCUCCACACAGAGGCAUCUGGCGACAGCAGCUCAUCUCAAGCCGCAGAGAGCCGGAACCCCCUAGGAGCUAUUGGUAACGACUCUGUUACCGGUAAGACGAAGGAUGAGAAGGACGGCCAGUCUCUCGAGGUCCAGGACCCACUGGCGGGAAUGGCCCCAAUCGACAAGUUCGGCAUGAAAGGUCUGCGCGUUCUCAUGAACAACUACCCUAGCUACGCCGCGCUCAUGCAGGGAAUGGAUCCCAACGAGUUUGGUCUUAAUGUCAAUUCUUCAGAUCUCAUCUCCACGCAGAUUUACUCUCUCUUUGACGACACGCCACCGCGUCCCGCCAUUCCCAGCGUCCGUCUACCUGAGUGUUACAAAGUGACCAACGUCCAGCCUAUCGAUACAAAGAUCCCAUCUUUUAACGAAGAGACCCUCUUCUGGAUAUUCUACAGCUGCACGCAGGACAUCAAGCAGCACUUGGCUGCGGUCGAGCUACACAACCGAAACUGGCGGUGGCACAAGAAGUUGCAUAUCUGGCUGACUAAGGAUGAGCUUAUGAUGCCCACCAGUCUUGGCCCUCAUCACGAGCGCGGCUACUACAUCGUCUGGGACACCACCAACUGGCGUAAGGAACGGAGGGAGCUCACGCUGCACUAUGGGGAUCUUGAGACGAACCUGGUACAACCUGCUGCAUAG